AUCUUCACUACCUGCCAGAACACCAUGUCCCGACCACUGGAUAACGCCGCCCCGACGAUUUUUGCCACGCAGGCUGCGCACCGUGCCGAGGCGGUGUGGAGCGAGGCGUACGAAGAGGAGAGCGAGGGCAGCGGGAGCGGGAGCGAGGUGGGCGAGGAGAUCGAUGCGCAGGAGGUGUUUGAUCUCCUCCGCUCCGUCACCGACCCCGAGCACCCAGUUAGCCUCGAGCAGCUGCGCGUCGUGAGCCGCGAGGACAUCCAUGUCGUCGGCAACCGCGUGCUCGUGUAUCUCACCCCGACAAUUCCGCACUGCUCCAUGUCCACGCUGAUCGGUCUAUCGCUCCGUGUCCGCCUCCUCCGCGCUCUGCCGCGACGAUACCGCGUCGAUAUCCGGAUCAAGCCUGGCACGCACCAGUCUGAGCACGCCGUCAACAAGCAGCUCAACGACAAGGAGCGUGUGCAAGCCGCCCUGGAGAACAGCCACCUCCUGCAGGUCGUCGAGGGAUGUCUUGCGACGGCUGGGAGGCGGGGUGCGCCGGCACCGGAACACGAGGAGCACUAGAUGGUCUGGAGUGUCCUGGAGAAUACUGUCGAGCAUGAGGAAAUAGUUAGUCUGAGGCCAGUAGUGUAUCUGUAGCAUUUGCAUCGUGUGACGUGGCGC